AUGCACUUGGUACCGAAAGAGCUCGACAAGCUCGUCAUCUCACAGGUGGGCUUGCUGGCGCAGAGGCGCCUUGCCAGGGGUGUCAAGCUGAACCACAGUGAAGCAACGGCUCUCAUCGCAAACAACCUGCAAGAACUCAUCCGCGAUGGCAACCACAGCGUCGCCGAUCUCAUGGACCUCGGGUCUACCAUGCUUGGCCGUCGUCAUGUCCAGCCCUCCGUCUGCGCCACCUUGACCGAAAUCCAGGUUGAGGGCACAUUCCCCAUGGGCACGUACCUGGUCACUGUCCACAACCCCAUCCGCACAGACGACGGCGACCUGGAGCGCGCCCUGUACGGCAGCUUUCUGCCCAUCCCGGACAAUGAACAGUUCUUCCCUCUCGCCGCUCCUGAGGAGUAUGAAGCCACCGCACAGCCUGGCGUUGUCGUGGCCGUCAAAGGCAAGGUGUCGUUGAACCAGGACCGCAAGAGAAUCAGGCUCAGGGUGACGAGCAAGGGAGACCGGCCCAUUCAAGUCGGCUCGCAUUACCACUUUAUCGAGACAAACCCGCAGCUGGAUUUUGAUCGCGAAAGGGCAUAUGGUUACCGGCUUGACAUUCCGGCAGGCACCUCAGUUCGCUUCGAGCCUGGGGAUACCAAGACGGUGACCCUUGUGGAAAUCGGGGGCAACAAGGUCAUUCGUGGUGGCAACCACAUGGCGACUGGAGGUCUGGAACUCUGGAGAAUCAACGACAUCGUUGCCAAGUUACAGCAGGCUGGCUUCGCACACACGCCAGAACCCCUCACUGACGCUAUUCACAUUGAUGCGUUCCAGAUGGACCGUGCCGCGUAUGCUACAAUGUUUGGCCCAACGACAGGCGACCUAGUCCGCCUUGGAAAUACGAGUCUAUGGGUCAAGGUCGAGAAGGACUUCACCGUCUACGGUGACGAGUGUAAGUUUGGUGGUGGCAAGACGCUGCGUGAGGGCAUGGGACAAGCAACCGGGCGACUCGAUGCCGAUUCUUUAGACAUGGUGGUGACCAAUGCUCUCGUGGUUGACUCGACGGGCAUUUACAAAGCCGACAUUGGUGUCAAGAACGGACACAUUGUAGGAAUCGGCAAGGCAGGCAACCCCGAUGUCAUGGAUGGAGUAUCGCCGGGGAUGGUCGUGGGCAGCUGUACCGACGUCAUCGCUGGUGAGGGAAAGAUUAUCACGGCUGGCGGCCUCGACUCUCAUAUUCACUUCAUAUGCCCACAGCAGGCGGACGAAUCUCUUGCAUCUGGAAUCACCACAUUGUUAGGAGGAGGUGUGGGACCUAGUGCUGGCACCAACGCAACAACUUGUACCCCGGGAAAGAACUAUAUGCGCCAAAUGCUCCAAGCUUGCGACAAUCUACCUGUCAAUGUCGGCAUCACUGGCAAAGGUAAUGACAGCUCUCCCGUCGCCCUACGUGAGCAGGUCGCCGCCGGAGCCUGUGGUCUCAAAUUGCAUGAAGAUUGGGGCAGCACUCCAGCCGCAAUUGACUCGUGUCUGACGGUUUGCGAUGAGCUCGACGUUCAGUGUCUCAUUCACACCGACACCCUCAACGAGUCUGGUUUCGUCGAGUCCACUAUCGACGCCAUCAAGGGCCGCACCAUUCACACAUAUCACACCGAAGGUGCGGGCGGCGGCCACGCCCCAGAUAUCAUCUCCGUGGUUGAGCACCCCUAUGUCCUCCCCUCAUCAACCAACCCUACUCGGCCAUACACCAUGAACACCCUCGACGAGCAUUUGGACAUGCUCAUGGUCUGUCACCACCUGUCUAGAGACAUCCCCGAAGAUGUUGCCUUCGCCGAGAGCCGGAUUCGCGACAAGACUAUCGCCGCCGAGGACGUGCUUCACGACCUCGGCGCCAUCAGCAUGAUGAGCUCCGACUCGCAGGCCAUGGGGAGAUGCGGCGAGGUCAUUCUCCGGACUUGGAACACGGCCGACAAGAACAAGUCGCAAAGGGGGCCUCUGGAGGAAGACGUUGGGACGGGCGCAGACAACUUUAGGGUGAAACGCUAUGUGAGCAAGUACACCAUCAACCCUGCCCUGGCCCAGGGCUUCAGCCAUGUCAUUGGAAGCAUCGAGGUGGGCAAGCUGGCGGACCUGGUGGUCUGGGAUCCGGCCUGGUUUGGAACCAAGCCGUCACUCAUUAUCAAGAGCGGCCUCAUUGCCUUGGCUCAGAUGGGUGACCCCAAUGCCUCCAUCCCAACCGUCCAGCCCAUCAUCGCCCGCCCCAUGUUCGCCCCUCUCGUCCCCCAAACCAGCAUUCUCUUCGUCUCCAACGAAUCCAUCGUCUCCGGCGCCAUUGCCUCGUACGGCCUGCGCAAGCGCGUCGAGGCCGUCAAGGGAUGCCGUACCGUAUCCAAGAAGGACAUGCGCUUCAACGACACCAUGCCCAAGAUGAAGGUCGAUCCGGAGAGCUACAUUGUCGAGGCGGACGGGCAGGUGUGCAGCGCUGAGCCGGCGACGAAGCUCCCUCUGACACAGGCUUAUUACGUGUAUUGA